AUGAUAAACCAUCCAAAUGCGUUUUUUCCUUUCUCUCUUUUCCUCUCCUCUUUGCCGGUUUCUUCGCUCCACUUCCCUCUCUCUCUCUCUCUCUCUCUCCCUUUAGCCCAAAGUCAACAGCUUAUACAUCGAAGAGAACCCCCCCUAUAA